AUGGCAAUGUUCAAGCGAGACCCACAGCGACGGCCACCACGUUCUGAGCUGACCAGUCGCUUCAACACCAACCGCAAGGCGUUUGGGGUAGGUUUGCCAGUCACGGACAUGGAAUCGGCUGACUCGCAUAGUUGUCGCAGUAACACCUUUGACCCUGACCACCUCGGCGUUGACGGCGUCCGUCGACCUCACUUGGCUACUAUAAAAGCCAUUAUGAUAGAAGGAUUUGCUGCACAGCGGAUUCGCAUGUCUGCGAUCGUCGAUCUUUAG